CGCCGGCCGGCAAAGCGGAUAGUUGGCUUCCCGCAGGAAGGGUUCAAAGGUCGCGCCGUUCCCUGUCGUCUCUCUGGGGGUGAGACCUGAGCUGCGAGCGCGUCCAGACUCGGGGUAUCGGCAGUGUGGGAGCCCCAGCUCUCGCUCCUUAGGAACUUCAGAUGCCUCAGCAUGGUUGAGAUGGAGCAGGCAGAGGCCCAGCUCUCCGAGUUGGACCUCCUGGCCAGUAUGUUCCCUGGUGAGAAUGAGCUAAUAGUGAAUGACCAACUGGCCUUAGCAGAGCUCAAAGAUUGUAUUGAGAAGAGGACAAUGGAGGGGCGGUCAUCGCAAGUAUACUUUACGAUUAAUGUGAGCCUGGACUUCAGUGAGGCAGCGAUGGUGAUGUUUUCUUUGUCUUGCAUUCUUCCCUUUAAAUACCCUACAGUCCUGCCUGAAAUUACAGUGAGAUCAGUAUCGCUGAGUAGAUCCCAGCAGACUCAGCUGAACGCAGAUCUGACAGCAUACCUGCAGAAGCACUGUCUGGGAGAGGUCUGUAUCCUGAAUGCCACAGAGUGGGUUAGAGAGCAUGCCUCUGACUACGUCAACAGAGAUGCCUCACCCUGCCCGGCCAGGCAAAGCACAGUCCAGCCUGUGGAUCUCACCUUCACGAGGCUCUGGAUCUACAGCCAUCACAUCUACAACAAAUGCAAAAGGCGAAACAUCCUAGAGUGGGCCAGGGAACUGUCCCUGUCCGGGUUUAGCAUGCCUGGGAAACCUGGCGUUGUUUGUGUGGAAGGCCCACAAAGUGCUUGCGAAGAAUUCUGGUCAAGACUCAGAAAACUAAACUGGAAGAGGAUUUUAAUUCGCCAUCGAGAAGACAUUCCUUUUGACAGUACAACCGAGAAAAUGGAGGAACAGAGGAAAUUUUCCAUUUUUGAAGAAAAGGCCUUCAAUGUCCAUGGAGCCAGAGGGAACCACAUGGACUUUGGUCAGCUGUAUCAGUUCUUAAAUGCCAGGGGGUGUGGGGAUGUGUUCCAGAUGUUCUUUGGCGUGGAAGGGCAGUGACUGAGCAGAGGGGAAGUCAGACCUGUUGGCUCUCUGUUCCUCUGUGGACCAUUUCUUCCCUGAAAUUCAAUUUCAGUGCUGUUCUAGAAUGUUCUAGGGUUGAGAUCAUGAGAAGAAAAUUAAUAUAGCUGAAGUGUAUCAGUCAGGACAAGCCAUGCCUAGGGGGUAGAGAGAUGGCUCAGCGGUUAAGAGCCCUGGCUGCUCUUCCAGAGGUCAUGAGUUAGGUUCUCAGCAACCAUAUGUUAAUGGGAUCCAAUGCCCUCUUCUGGUGUGUCAGCAACAGCAUAAGUCAUAAGAAAACAAAACAAACAAACAUAAAACAUGGCAUGCCUGAGAGAAGAACUGAGUUUCAACUUGUAAACUUUAAAUUACCAACAGAGAAGGCUAGAGAAUUUAAUAACUCAGCGGUUAAGAGCAUAGACUGUAUCACCAAGGACCUAAGUUAAAUUUUCAGCACCCAUGGUAGGGAGCUCAUAACCUCCUGCGAGGGAGGAUUCAGUGUGUCUGAUGUACUCUGUCAUCAGAGUGCUUGAACAUACACUCGUAAAUAUACUCAUAAAUAUACUCUAUCAGGUCCCCUGGAGUUACAGGAGUUGCCCAGUGUGGGUGCUGGGAACCUCUGCAAGAGCAAUGCACCCUUUUAACCACUGGGCCAUCUGUACCAUUUGGUGGAAAUUUCUUGACGUGAGCUGGAUAUGAUGUCACAUGCUUGUAAUCCCAGCAUUUGGGAAGUAGAGGCAAGAGGAUUGGAAGUUCAAGGCCAGCUGGACUAUAUCAUUCUCUGUCCCAAAAAACAAAAGUUAUUCAUGCAGAAACUUUUGGAAGACAGAUUGUAUGUAACAGUAAUUUUGGUGGUUCAACUUGCUAUGCAUUUCCAACACUCUUCUGCCUUUACUGAGGAACCUGGAAAAACUGUCUGCUCACCCCCCUGGCCUCUGUUGCAGCUACAGUUGGCUGUGGGUUCCUGUGUAGGAUUUCCGGGGAUGAAUUUGGUUCUCUUUCUGCCAAGGACACUGAAGUGAUGUCAGGAGAAAGGACUGAUGGACCAAGAUAUCUCAGAGAGGCCACUGUACAAGAUACCUUGUCAUGUGUGGACCCAAUGUUAAUCCUUGCCUAUCUCCAGACCUUUGAAAUAAAGUGAAAUUUUAAAUUCUC